CAUACUCUUGGCUAAACGACCCAAAGGCUUAAUACGAGACGGCUGAACCACGAGCGUCUUCUUAUUGGAAAUAAUCGAUAGAUAUAUUGGAAUAUUUCGAGUUUCGAUAAUAUCUGUUCGUCGUUUUGUGCUCAAUCCUCCGUUAUGGCGACUGCUGCUCGCUCUUCUGGAGGUUUUAAUUGGUGAAAAAAGGUCGAUUUGUCGCCUCCCCAGAUGUGGCCGCCGCCUCUUCUGAGACUUCUGUUCAUGAACGGCGAGGAUGCUCUAAUCGGGCGGCUGAGGCUCGGCCUGGAGGGAUGACGGGACUUUAGCAGACAUGGAGACAGGAGAGACACACAGACGGAUGGAAACGCCAUAUUUACUCAGUCUACAUUCUCCUCAUUAAAUCCACUCAGGAUAAAAGCCUAUUUUUAUACAUCGUGUUACUUAGAGCUGUUUUUGUUAGUUAUUGAAAAGCCAUACAGCCUUCACAAUGAGUUCCGAGGGCUUUCAGUACAGAGCGCUGUACGACUACAAGAAGGAGAGGGAGGAGGACAUCGACCUGCAUGUGGGAGACAUGCUGCUGGUCAGUAAAGGAGCGCUGCUGGCGCUCGGCUGCAGCAACGGAGCCGAAGAGCGACCUUCAGAGAUCGGCUGGCUACCGGGCUUCAACGAGACCACCCAGGAGAAAGGCGACUUCCCGGGAACGUAUGUGGAGUUUAUUGGCAGAAAGAGGAUGUCCCCGCCCACACCAAAGCCCCGCCCACCCAGGCCAGCAUCGGCAGCUUCCGUGAGGACCGACUCUGAGUCAGAGGGUUUAGUGUUGCCGGACCUCGCUGAGCAGUUUGGCCCCCCGGACACAUCCCCCCCCCUCCUGAGCAGACUGAUGGAAGCCAUAGAGACCAAAGGUGCGGAGAGUCUCGGUGUGUAUCGCAGUCUGACUGGAGCGGGUCUGGACACCCGGCAGCUGUCCGACGCUGACCUGGAGCAGCUGGAGGUGUCCUCCCUGUGUGACGGGGUGUUCCGGUUCCUGCAGGAUCUGCCCGGGCCCAUCCUCCCCUCCUCGCUGCAGGCAGAAAUGAUCCAAGCAGUGCAAGAGGUGCGGGACCUUGAGGAGUGCGCCCAGGUCCUGCGGGGGGUGUCCAGCUCGCCCGCCUGCCCCGCCCAGUACGGUCUGACGCUGCUCAGCGUGGUGCGGCACCUGGCCCGCCUCUGUCUGCACAGCUCCAGGAACCAGCUGAGCCCCCGCAGCCUGGCCGAGAGCUUCAGCCCCCCGCUGUUCAGACAGGCUGCAGGGUCUGACUCGAGUUUGGAUCCUCUGGUUCAGGUCCUGGAGGUUCUGAUCACCAGCGAGCUCAACAUGAUCCAGGCUGCACCAGCGUUGCCUCCCAAACCGGCCAAGCCAGCGCCUCCAGCUGCUGCCUGUAGUUUCAACAACAGUAUCUCCCUGCAGGACGCCGAGUGGUACUGGGGGGACAUCUCCAGAGAGGAGGUGAAUGAGAAGCUGAGAGACACAGCUGACGGUACAUUCCUGGUGCGAGACGCCUCUACUAAGAUGCACGGAGACUACACUCUGACUCUGAGGAAAGGAGGCAACAACAAGCUGAUAAAGAUCUUCCACCGGGAGGGGAAGUACGGCUUCUCCGACCCUUUGACCUUCAGCUCCGUGGUGGAGCUCAUCAACCAUUACCGCCACGAGUCCCUGGCGCAGUACAACCCCAAACUGGACGUCAAGCUGCUGUACCCGGUGUCCAAACACCAGCAGGACCAGGUGGUGAAGGAGGACAGCAUUGAAGCUGUAGGGAAGAAGCUCCACGAAUAUCACCUGCAGUACCAGGAGAAGAACCGGGAGUACGACCGACUGUACGAGGAAUACACCAGAACCUCACAGGAGAUCCAGAUGAAGAGGACGGCCAUCGAGGCGUUUAACGAGACCAUAAAGAUCUUCGAGGAGCAGUGUCAGACUCAGGACCGCUUCAGCAAAGAGUACAUCGAGAAGUUUCGCCGGGAGGGCAACGACAAGGAGAUCCAGAGGAUCAUGGAGAACUACGACAAGCUGAAGUCUCGGAUCAGUGAGAUCGUGGACAGUAAGCGUCACCUGGAGGUGGAUCUGAAGACACAGGCCGCAGACUACAGAGAGAUCGACAAGAAGAUGAACAGCAUCAAACCAGACCUGAUCCAGCUCCGCAAGACCAGGGACCAGUACCUCAUGUGGUUGACGCAGAAGGGAGUUCGUCAGAGGAAACUCAACGAGUGGCUGGGCCUGAAGAACGAAACAACCGAGGAUGAGUACAGCAUGGUGGAGGAUGAGGAGGACCUUCCUCACCACGACGAGCGUCUGUGGCGUCUCGGAAACAUCAACCGCAUCCAGGCCGAGUCUCUGCUGCGCGGGAAGAGAGACGGAUCCUUCCUCGUCCGAGACAGCAGCAAGCCGGGCUGCUACGCCUGCUCUGUGGUGACGGAGGGCGAGGUGAAGCACUGCGUCAUCAACAAGACGGGCACCGGCUUUGGUUUCGCCGAGCCCUACAACCUGUACGGCUCCCUGAAGGAGCUGGUGCUGCACUACCAGCACACCUCGCUGGUCCAGCACAACGACUCGCUCAACGUCACGCUGGCCUUCCCCGUCUACAGCCAGCAGAGACGGUGACCCGCCUGCGGGACUCUUCAUCCACACGUCACCGUAGCUGCAGAACCAGAACCUGACCACAUGACGCGUUUACCGCUUGGCACAACAGCGUCCUGGUGCUGCAGACCUCAGUGGGCCAAUGAAAGUGUACAAUCCAGUACACUGAAGAUGAAGCUUUGUGUGAAGUGAAAUGCUUUGUUACAUCCUGUAGGAAUGGUGAACAAUUUCAAAUGAAUAUUUUACUGUGAAAGUCAUCAAUGAGAGCUUUAACUUCCUGAGGAAAAAGACUUCAAGACGCCAGGUAUCUCCCUUAAAUUAACAAAAAUGUUUUAAUUACUUUAAUGAUUCGGUGCCGGAGAUCAACAUUAAAUGCAAUUUACCUUCAUCAGAGAUGACAGACUGAAGGUUGGGAUCCCAUGGGACAUCAGAAGAGGGGCGUUCGAGUAAAAGACAGACGUUCAUCAAUGCUCUCUGUCAUUCCAAAUCUAAAGAAACGUUGUUUAAUUAACGAAAAUGAUACAAUUGAAUGAAGUUGUUCUUAGGAAUGGCUUUAAACUAGCUAUAGACAACUGUUCUGCUCUUAGACUUUUCAAGUGGUGUUAUCGACCGUUUUGACCUAGAAACGCAGAUGUUGGUGCUAUUAGAAUGGUGCUGAAAAAAAUGCCCUUAGUAAUAAUCAGAAGGCAGUUUUGUUUCACACUUAUCUAGUCAAAUGCAAACUUAAACAUCUGAAGAGUGGGAGCUCUCGCCAUCUUCUUAGAUUUGUUUUGUAUCCCUCUUUCAUCGAGGCUUUAUUAUAUCCUAAAGUUUCUUAAGAUGUAACGACGUCCACCACUUGUGCUACCUUGGGGACUUUACUUUUGAGACUUGGGAACGUCACAGGAGAAACAAAAUUGCGAUCUUCUUCCUGUUUUUGUUACUCAAAGAUUGAUUCCCUUAUUUUUGCCGUAUAUGGAUCCUUGAAUUUCCCAGUGGCAGCCAGAGUUACAAAGUGAAAGCUAGGCUUAUAUGGAAACAAUCCAAAAGCAGAUGGUUAUUCUAUAUCAAAUAUUUUGCGCAAUCAUCGUUUCCUCCAUAAUGAACGUUAACGUGGGAAAAACAAUUGUCUAUCGCUCUUUAAUGCAACCUGAGCUCAAGGUCAAACGAAACAAACACCUGAGAGGCGAGAUGGAAGAGGACCGUUCAGGUUAACCUACCUAAAGAACUUGAACGCCUCAGUCUUAUCGGAGACACCCGGUGUGGUCAUGACCUCAGUGAAAUGUCACCGUUUCCUGUCUGAGGAGAGAAGAUGAACUGAAGAGCCAAACGUGCCCUUGUUUUGUCGGAGAUGAACCGGACUAAAGCUGAACUGACCAACUCCUCCUCUACUCGUUACACUGGCCCUGCACGCUUCAACAGAACCAAAACUAUGGACUGAUGAUGUCAAAGACUAAAAUGGCGGACAAUCGAGAGACGUUUCUUGCGUAAACACUGUGAGUGGCUCUGGACAAGGUUUAACAUGAGGGCAAAUCAGGAGAAAAUAAACAGGAAACAUGCAUCAUCCAAAGACUCACCCCCCCCACACACACACACACACACACACACACACACCAAUAAUCCCAUCAGUGUUUUUCUAGCUCUCGUUUCUUCAGGUGAGUUGGUUUGCCACCUAAGUGUUGUUUAAGUUUGCUGACCGGACGGAUUAUCCUUCAAUUUUUUCAUUUCAAUAAAUGUCCGUCAGCACAAUGGUUUACUCGUGCUGGAUAAAAACUGUGAUUAAAAAAAAUUCAGGAAUGACAGAACUGGAUCUCUGGAUCUUCUCAUCUUAAGUUUCAAGGACUAAAGCGCAGCCUGUAAGCAUUACUGAUCGCAGAUAUCUGAUCCUCAUGGUUCCUCUUAUGGAUGUUAUGUUUUCUUCUUUGUGCAUUUGGACACACGGCUUCCUUUAAACCAGGUACAGGAGAUGAAACUCUCCAAGGAUUUUGAAGAAGCCCAAAGUAUUACAUCAUUUUCCCACAACUUGCAUCUGUUUUAUGGAAAUCAAUACAUGGUUUCAAAUUAGUUUGGAACUGUCCAGAACUUUUCAAGCUCUUAUUUGACUUAUUCCACAGAAGUCCUGUUUUUUCAUUCUGACAUUGAAACCAAACUAGUGAACGCAAACAAGAAUCUGUAAUAUGAGACGAUAACAAGUCGUGAAAAGUUAAUUGUUUAAGAAUUCUGACGAAUAAAAUGAUUGGUCUGAAUGUUUGAAGGCUACUGGAGAAA